CUUUGCCGCCAAGAGCGCGGGGCGGGGGUUUCCCGGUUUGCGCCUUUGCCGCCGGUGCGGCCGGUUACCGCUGCCCGGCCCGAGGGGCUCCUGCGAGGGAGCGGCGGGCGGGCCGUGAGGCGAGGGGCCGGGGGUGAAACAGCGGCCCUGCCGUAACCACUUUAGAAAGUCCGAAUUCUGUGAAUUACGUUGAUUUCUUCAAAGUGCCGGCUCAGCCGCAGAUGACAAAACCCCACAAAAGUUCUCGGGUUUUGGAGGGAUUUUCAAACAGGUGCCGAAGUGGAGCGGUGCCAGGCGUUCGGCGGGCAGCUGCCUUGCAGAGGUGCCGGGGCGAGCCCUGCGGGCUCCAGAGCACCGCGGUAAGCCCAGCUGGUACUCCUCGUCACCGGGGCUAAUCCGUGCCCCGAUGCGCGCUGGAGCUCGCAGCGCCGGUCGGGAAGGCUUGACUUCAAGCCACGUCCUCGUCCUGGUCCCCUCUUCGCUCGCCCUGGGUCCGCGGCCACCAGAGACACACAGAGCACUAUGUCACUGGCAUCCUGGUUCAGGUGGAAUGAGCCCACAAGCCGCAUUUCCCAGAGGAGCCCCACAGAAAUGGUGGUUGAGACACUAAUGAUGGAGCUGAGCUGGCAGACCAAGCAGGCAGAGAAGCAGCAGCGAGAGCGGGAGAACGAGUAUCGCAAGAUCAAGACUGGGGUGGACUACGGCUGGCUGGUCAGCUAUCCAAAGCAGAGCUAUGAUAUCAGCCCGGGAGAACGGCUGCAGCUGGAGGAUAUGUGUACCAAAAUACAUCCUUCCUAUUGUGGGCCUGUCAUACUCAGAUUCCGGCAACUCGUUACUGAAUAUGAACCAGAAGUGCAGGAAGUAUCCCGGCUCUUCCGCUCCGUCCUGCAGGAAGCUGCUGAGAAGAUCAAAGAGGAGGAAGAGGCCAAGAAGCUUGCCAGGCAAUGGAACACAAAGAACAAAACCAGCCUCUCCUUAACAACGUUUAAAUCUCGGUCCAGGAUUUCCCCAUUCAUCAGUGACAUCAAGACCAUCUCUGAAGAUGUGGAACGGGGUACCCAGGCCACCAGGAGGGUCUGGAGCAUGCCAGAAUUUCGGAGCACCAAGGAUUACUGACUCUAUACUGAAUAAGGUUUUUAGACAGCAAUCUUUCAAAACCCCAGUUAACCCUUUUUUAGCUCUACUGUUUCUUCCUCGUUCCAGCUCUCUCUUCCUACCUGUCUCUCUUGGAAGCUGCAUCCAUAGUAGCUGCUGCUGAUGCCCGCAGUGUGUGACACAAUUUAUUACCAAACGUGCUAGCCUUUCCUUUAAUUUACUAGCUAUUCAGUAACCUUAAGGGCAAGGCUUGCUUACUAUCUCAUUUUUAUGAUUGCUUUCUUGUGGAAAAUGAAUUAGUUUUGCAAUGUCUGUCUUCUCCUCCACCCUCUCCCCACCCCAGCCUGGAUGUAGUUAUCUAUAAAAGCUUUUGGCCCAAGCUAGUGAGAGCUGCUGGCUGGUUCAAUCUUGCUGAAAGCAAGACAGACACUUACAUGAGUAAGGCUUGCAGGAUCAGGCCUGUGAAUUAAAGUUAGUAUCUGAUUUGGAACUGAACUUUCUUUUCUGGCUAAUAAACUUCCUUAGUGCUACAAGAAACUUCAUAGGUAACCUCAGCACUGCUCUUGAUCAGCUUUUUGCUGACAAUUCACAAUUUGACCCAAGUAGAAACAGACCCAAGCUUUUUGGGAUGAAAGACCAAUAUUAUUCCACAGCAACCAGUUUAUGCAUGCUCAGGUUUCUUGGGUGUUUUCUCUCUUGUGCAGGCAGAACUCCCUGAACCUUGCACCUUCAGAGUAGAUAGAAAUGUAACAACCUGCUGUACAGAUAUACAGGUGGAUACAUCAGUGCUGUGUCAAAUGCUGUUCUUGGUCCUCAGUGUUCUGUGUUGCUGAGGUAAGUGCUCUACCCCACAUCCCAGUAAUAAGUUAGCGGACUGAAAUUAAUGUCUACGGCUAAGCCUGAAAGAGUAGUAUAGUAUCAAUGUACAGAGAAGGGUGAAGAGAAUAAACGUUCAUCUGCAGGGCUCCUUGUUGCUGCAGUUGUUGAGACCAUUUUGCCAACCUGCUGCUGUGAGUAGCUGAAGAGCUCCGGCAGAUGUAGGCUUGUUCUCCGUCUUCUGUCGUGAGUGCUCAGAAGAGAGCAUUCCCAUAUCACAGGCCAGUGAGUCGAUACUAUUACAAAUGAAUCCUUAGUGCAAACUGAGUGGCUUGUAGGCCAGCACGGUUCUGCUGAGACCUUGAAGAAACCGGAAAAUGCUGCUAAGGAAAAGCUACCAGGGCCCUAACUCAGCAGCUGGAGGGAGAGCUCUUACCAACAAAGCAAAGAGAAUGGCACACUCUGAAAAUCAUGGGUCCUGCAGAGAAGCCAAGGGCUAGGAUGCCUUGGGGUGGCCAACAGGAGACGUGGAAGGAGGAGAGGGAUUUCCCUGUAUGACUGGCUUUUGGGGAAUCAUCCCAGCGAGGGUACAGCCUCCUGUAGGACCUUGUAGCUUUGUUGUUCUUUUGUCCGUUUCAGAGACUAUUCCGUGGGGAUCUCUGCAGCAGCAUGUGGGUACUACAGCCAAGAUAAAAGCCUUUGAAGCUGUGCCAACUCUGGGAAGAAUUCCAGUACAUGAAAUCUAUCCUAGAGUAGAAACGUGCAGUUUUUUUCGGAGAUGGGGGAGGGCAGCAUGAAACAGAGAUCAAAAUGAAACCCUUAAGAGCUCUUUAAGACUCUGGGAUUCUGGCUCUUCCUCUAUCCCCUCUGGGCUAAGAUUGAAGACAAGGCUUUCUGACUAGCACCGGGCUCUAGCUUCCAGUCACUUGGUAAACACAGCUGACAGGAACCCUCCUAGGGACAGAAAGCAGAAGCUCACUUCUAAUCAAAAGCUCAGGGCUUCCAAAUACAGCAUCCAGUUUGGGACAGGCUAUUUCAACUCUAGGUCAAUGAGGGAGAGUUUAAAGCCUUCUGACAAUCAGCUUGGUGUUUUUCAGCUGUAUGUCCUUGUGAAGUAAUGUGAUUGUGUAUGUGAAGUAAAAGCAAAGGCUUGGCAUACUUAGCAUAGCCCUAGAUGUCUAGAAGAUGUGGGAUCUCUAGCAAGGGAUCACCACAAUUUGCAGAAAAUUCUUGUUUGGAAUAAAGUUAACUAUAUUUUUUUUUAAUAUAUAUUUGCAAGCCACUGUAUGGUACUGAAGGCUGAGAUGAAUUCAUGAAAUUCAAGCUACAGCUCUGUAGUCAUUUUAUUUGCGCUCACGUUCUAUUUGACACCUUCAGUAUUGACUGUAUCGAUGCAAUAUUUGAUGGACUGCUGGGAGAGACAGGACACACUGACAUAAAGGUCUUUGUUACAGUACAGUGUCUGUAGUGUGCUCACUUUUUCUCAAGGAGAAUCAAGACUAAUUAACUUCCCUACACCAAUGUACAAAGCCAAGGAAGUCACCUGAAGGGUGUUCACACUAUCACAGCAGCCUAUGGUCAUACUCUGUCCUUCAUUAACAACCUCCAGCUAGCAGAUACCAUUCUCAUUUAACAGCCAGCAAAGGGAAACAAAUCUAACCUUUGGUCAAAGCCAUGUAUGUUAGGGAGGCCAGGCUGGGGCGGUGCCUGUGACAGCUGUUUUGGGUCAACUUACCUAUCAUUUCUAUUUCCAUAAUAAAAGGUAAUCCAAACUUUUAA